AUGGGGUGCAGGAGCAACCACUCCACGAUGAAGGCCAACAGCCUGGCACACCAGCCUGCGUCUACGCCAGGGCCCCUCCAGCUCGCCCGCCAGACGAGCCAGGGGAACUUCAUGGACUUCAUGGGCAUGACGCCCCAGCAGAUGCGCGUGGGCUUCGAGAUGAUGCAGCAGUUCAUCCAGCAGUUCGGCAUGGCGAACAACUUCUUCGGCAACGCGCCGCCGUCCACCGACGAGAAGGAGGUGGACGAUGCCGAGGCGCUGGAGCUUAAGAUGAGCAUGGCAGCAGGGGCUGCGGGCUCGAAGCACAAGCGCAAGCAGCCGCCCAGCGAGCCCAAGGCUAGACGGCGACGGGCAAUCGCAACAGGUUCCACGUCUUUCGGCCCCGCGCUGUUCAAGUAUGAGCUCCCUUCGGCAGACCCCGCACAUCCUGACAAUGUGGCCGUGUGGAUUCAGCAUCCGCUUGGUUUCUCGGAGAGGGCGUCUGCGGAAGCUGAGUCGUUCAAGGAGCUGAUUCUCGAGACCGUGCGCAGGCACGGCACUUUGCCCAUCAUAUUUUAUAGUGACGAGGUCACGCCAGGCAAUGUCUUGUCGAAUCGGAACAAGCGCAAGUUUCACGCGCCCUACUGGAGCAUCAAGGUCGACCUCUACCUGCAGAAGACAUCGGUAUACCACCUCAACUACGCCGCAUUGGACGAAUACGUCAGGAGGUGGGAGUGGCCCAGGGGAUAUGCCCACGCGCGUGAAUGCUUCGCGGAUGGCAAGUUCAGUGGGACGGCUUCGGAACAUACCUCCCUCGCACCCAUCAUUGCGAAGUUUGCGCGGGACAUUGUGAUAGGCCGACAAAACGCUUGCAUCCCCAAGUCGGGGAGCAUGCUCGCUGCCUGUGGCGUGAUUGGCAUGCUGAGUAUAGCCAAUAGCGGCCACCUCAAGGCAUCAAACUUGGGCACUGGCAUUACCAAGCACUUCCAGCUGCGCGAGACCGCGUAUGGCCUACAGGUGUGGAAGCCCAAGGUUGUGGGAGUUGAUUUGUUGGGCCCCAAGCCGACCAGCAAGAAGGUGAGGGAUGCGCUGAUCUUUGCAUUGCUUUUAUGUGUGGCCGAGCCGCCGCAGCACACGCCGCCCGAUCAGCGGGCGGAGCUGCGAGCGGCGUGGAGGCGAAGGGCCUGCGUGGCCACGCACGAGACCAUGAGCAUGGUGGCCCGGGUGGUCUCUGAGCAGCUCGGCGUCGACGAGAGUAAGGUGACGGCGUCUUCGACGUUCUCCGCGCUCGGCGCCGAUUCUCUCGACGUCGUGGAGACAGUCAUGGCCCUGGAGGAGAGCAGUUCGAGGUGGAGCUGCCCGACGCGGUCGACAUCGAGCUGCCCGACGAGAGGCCGGCGAGGCUGA